CGCAGUGUGUAUAUGUGUAUGGAGUUCUUGUACUUAUGAAGCGUUCAUGAAUGGUACAAUAGUAACCGAAUAAAGGGGGAGCGACUGCUGCAUUUAUAGCGAGUGUGCUUGGGCAAGCUGCGCACCCACCGCUGCCGGAGAGCCUCCUCCCCGCCACCUUCAUUGUUAUCAGGUGUGUGGCAGCGCUCGGCGACCGGCCUCGGUUUGUCCCGCGCCGAGCUCCGUAGUCCCGGGGUGUGAUGGGAGAAACGAUGUCGAAGCGGUUGAGGUCAGACAUGGAGCUGGAGAUGGAGGAGAGGUCGUUCGUCAACCCGUACCCGGACAGGGGCGACGUCGCCGCGGCCGAACAGCAGGAGGGGAUCGAUUGCUUCGACGCACAUGGAAAGAUUUGUCCUGCCUUCAUAAAGCGGAUUCAGUCUAAAAUCAAAGACCUUCUGAUGCAAAUGGAAGAAGGUCUCAAGACUGCAGAUCCUCAUGACUGUUGUGCUUACACUGGCUGGACAGGGAUUGCUCUCCUUUAUCUACAGUGUUUCCGUACAAACCAGGAUCCAGCCUAUCUCCAGCGAUCUCUACAUUACGUGAAGAGGACACUGCGUAAUCUGAAUGGUCGAAGAGUCACCUUUCUAUGUGGUGAUGCAGGACCUUUGGCUGUUGGUGCAGUUGUGCACCACAAGCUCAAGAAUGAAACAGAAUCACAAGAAUGCAUUGCAAAAUUGAUACAAUUGCAGAAAACAGUUGUAAGCUUGGACUCUGAUAUCCCAGAUGAGCUGCUGUAUGGCCGAGCUGGGUACUUGUAUGCUUUAUUGUAUGUGAAUACAGAAAUUGGACAAGAUACUGUUCCUUAUUCUGUUAUUCAGGAGGUGGUUAAUGCUAUAAUUGAAUCUGGCAAGAACUUCUCCAAGGAAGAGCGCAAAACGGAACGCUGUCCACUCUUGUAUCAAUGGCAUAGAAAACAGUAUGUUGGAGCAGCCCAUGGCCUAGCUGGGAUCUACUACAUGCUGAUGCAGCCAAGUUCAAAGGUGGAGCAAGAGACUUUGAUUGAAUUGGUAAAACCCAGUGUGGACUACGUGCGACAUAAAAAGUUCAGGUCUGGAAAUUAUCCUUCGUCAUUAAGCAAUGAAACCGAUAGACUGGUUCAUUGGUGCCAUGGUGCUCCUGGUGUUAUACACAUGUUGCUACAAUCUUAUAAGACUUUCAAAGAAGAAAAGUACCUGAGGGAUGCAACUGAGUGCAGUGAUGUUAUCUGGCAGCGAGGGCUACUGCGGAAGGGUUAUGGAAUCUGCCAUGGAACUGCAGGAAAUGGAUACUCUUUCCUUUGUCUAUACAAGUUAACUCAGGACAAAAAAUAUCUCUACAGAGCUUGUAAGUUUGCAGAAUGGUGCUUGGAUUAUGGGACUCACGGAUGCCGCAUUCCUGACAGACCAUAUUCUUUGUUUGAAGGGAUGGCUGGCACUAUUCACUUCUUGUCUGAUAUUUUGAAUCCAGAAGCAGCUCGAUUUCCAGCCUUGGAACUGUAAUGUACAACAAAGUUGUGCUAAUUGAAGAAUGAAUGAUUUUGGAUUUGGUGUAGGACAUCUUUUCUGUGGAGAAUAGGACUUCUUGGUACCUGUUUCCUCAAUACCUAUGUAGUCCGACUGCUAUCUUAAGAACUUCAACAAUCAAAGGCAACAAAUGAAGCAAAGUCUCUAAAUAACAUUGUUUUUGUCUUGCGAGUCAUUGCAUUUCAGUUGAAACAAAAUUAAAUAACUAAAAUUAACACGUGCUUACUUCAGAGUUUGAUUGUAUGCACGCUUAAAAUCUUAAGCAUUUUUAGUUGUCUUCAUUCAUUUGGAAUCCAUGUAUUUUGUAAAAUAUUGGUCAUAGUACAUUUUAUGCAUGUGAAGAAAAUGAUCAUUGAUCCACUAGUGCCAAUUUAUUUAUGAUUCUGCUUGAAGAUGCCUUUUAGAAUAAGGUAGUGUGUAGUUAGGGUUGUUGGUCCUGUUUGAUUUUUUUUAUUUGCAACAAGACAAAUAAAGUACAUAUUUGCUAAAUCUGGCAGUUGGCUUGUGUUGAAGAAAAAUAUUAAGUGGAAUUAUCCCCAAGUAGCAUCUUUCUCACUUAUGUUUAAUUUCUUUCCUACUCUUUCAUUAUCAACAUCAGUUGUAAAACAAAUGUUGAUUUAUUACUGGUUUUGCAAUUGGUGAUAAGGAAUAAUUGUUGCAGAAAAUGAAAACCUAAAAGCAACCUUAAAGGGUUUUAUAUGACAAUAAGACAUGAGAGUAGAAUUAGGCUAAUCAGCCCAUGGAGUCUAUACUGCCAUUCCAUCAUGGGUGAUUUAUUAUCCUUCUCAUUCUCCUGCCUUCUCUGUGUAACCUUUGACACCCCGCUAAUCCAUACCUAUCAACUUUUGCUUUAAAUAUACUUAAUAACUUGUCCUCCAAAACCAACCUUGGCAAUGAAUUCCACAGAUUUACCACUCUGGUUUAAGAAAUUCUUCUUCAUCUCUCUUCCUUAAUUCUGAGGCUGUGCCCUCAGAUCCUAGACUCCCCUACUAUGGGAGAUAUCCUCUACACAUCCACUCUGUCUAGGCCUUUCAAUAUUCAAUAGGUUUCAAUGAGAUCCUCCUUCAUUCUUCUGAACUCCAGCGAGUACCGGCCCAGAGCCAUCACAUGCUCCUCAUCCAACAACCCUUUCAUUCCCAGAAUAAUUCUUGUGAACCUCCUCUGGGCCCUUUCUAAUCCCAGUGCAUUUUUUUUUGUAGCUAAGCGUCCCAAAACUGCUCACAAUACUGCCAAGAGUGGUCUGACAAAUGCUUUAUAAAGACAUCACAUACUUGCUCUUAUGUUCCAGUCCUCUCAAAAUGAAUGCUAAUAUUACAUUUGUCUUCCUUACCACCAACUCAACCUGCAAGUUAACAUGUUGGGAAUCCUGCACAAUGUCUCCCAAGUCCCUUUGCAGCUCUGAUCUUUGAAUUUUCUUCCGUUUAGAAAAUAGUCUACACUUUUAUUCCUUCUACCAUAGUGUAUGACCAUACAUUUGCCUACACUAUAUUCCAUGUGCCGCUAACAGCCCAUUCUCCCCAUCUGUCCAAUUCCUCUGCAGUCUCCCUGCUCCCUUAAAACUACUUGCUGCUCCAUCCAUCUUCAUAUCAUCUGCAGACUUGCCCACUAAGCCAUCAGUACCAUCACCCAAUUCAUUGAAUUAUAGUGCUGUGCAAAAGUGUUAGGCACAUAUUAUGAAAAGAAGCAGGCUCAAUACCGUACCCUGCAGAACACCCAGAACACCACCAGUCACAGUCACCAACUAGAAAAGGCCCCUUUGAUUCCCAUGCAACACACAUAAAAUGGUGGAGGAACUCAACAGGCCAGGCAGCAUUUAUGGAAAAGAGUGAACACUUGGCGUUUCAGGCUGAGACCCUGAUGAGUUCCUCCAGCAUUUUGUGUGUGUAUGUGUAGCUUGGAUUUCCAGCAUAUGCAGUUUUUCUCUUUUAUUUUCCCAUUCUGUCUUCUGCCAAUGUGCCAAAUUUCUGUUCUUGCUGUAAUACCAUGGGUUCUUGUUAAGCUACCUUUUGUGCAGUACCUUGUCAAUAGCCUUCUGAAAAUCCAAGUAAGCAACAUCCACUGACCCUCUGUUGUCUAUCCUGCCUAUUAUUUCCUCAAGGAAUUCCAACAAAUUUGUUAAGGAAGAUUUUCCCUUAAGGAAACCAUACUGGCUUUGGCCUAUUAUUAUGUGCCUCCAAGUAUCCUAAACCCUCAACCUUAAUAAUGGACUCCAACAUCUACCCAACCAUUUAAGUCAGACUAAUUGGCCUAUAAUUUCCUUUCUUCUGCCUCCAUCCUUUCUUACUAUCUAUGCUAGUGUAGGGUUUCACUGUUGUGUAACAUGCUGUAAGGUUUCACUAAUAAUGUAAUGGUUUCUCUGUAGCAGCAACGUUUGGGUUAUGACUAGAGAUGAGGGGGUUUAGCAUGCUGUUGUUCUUUCUUGUGAGUCUUUGGCCGGGGAGAGAUGAGAGAAGACGCGAAUGGAGAGAGUUGGUAGACCACCGGAUGGGUUGGACUUGGAGUGAGGGUCCAAAGGGCAGCAACAAUCGGAGGAGAUCGAUGGUGGACGAUAGGCCUAUCAGUGAGCUCCAACAUUGCACAGUAGACUGUUUCAUAAGAUUGGGCCCUUUUUGUUCUUUUUCUCAUUUCCUUACUAACCAUAUAGCCAAAGUAAGAAUGAUAAAGCUGUUAAAGGGCUACAUGGGUUAGAGUUUGUAAAAUGUGUUCAGGAAAGUUCUCUAAAUCAAUAUAUAGAGGUACCAACUAGAGAGGAUGCAAUAUUAGAUCUCCUAUUAGGAAAUGAGUUAGGACAAGUGACAGAAGUGUGUGUAGGGGAACACUUUGGGUCUAGUGAUCAUAACGCCAUUAGUUUCAGCUUGGUCAUGGAUAAAGAUAGAUCUAGUCCUUGGCUUGAGGUACUAAACUGGAAAAAGGCCAAAUUUGAAGAAAUGAGAAAGGAUCUAAAAAGCGUGGAUUGGGACAGAUUGUUCUCUGGCAAGGAUGUGAUUGGUAAGUGGGAGGCCUUCAAAGGAGAAAUUUUGAGAGUACAGAGUUUGUAUGUUCCUGUCAAGAUUAAAGGCAAAGUGACUAAGAAUAAGGAACCUUGGUUUUCGAGGGAUAUUAGAAAUCUGAUGAAGAAGAGAGAGAUAUAUGACAGGUAUAGGCAACAAGGAGCAAAUAAGGUGCUUCAGGAAUAUAAAAAAUGCAAGAAAGUACUUAAGAAAGAUAUCAGGAGGACCAAAAGAAGACAUGAGGUUGCUUUGGCAGUCAAAGUGAAGGAUAAUCCUAAGAGCUUCUACAGGUGUAUAAAAGCAAAAGGAUAGUAAGGGAUAAAAUUGGUCCUCUUGAAGAUCAGAGUGGUCGGCUAUGUAUGGAACCAAAAGAAAUGGGGGAGAUCUUAAAUGGGCUUUUUGCAUCUGUAUUUACUAAGGAAACUGGCAAGGAGUCUAUGGAAAUAAGGCAAACAAGUAGUAAGGUCAUGGAAUUCCUCUAAAGGAAACCAUGCUGACUUUGGUGUAUUUUAUCAUGUGCUUUCAAAUACCGUAAAACCUCAUCUUUAAUAAUGGACUCCAACGUUUUACCAGCCACUGAAGCCAGACUAACUGGCCUAUAAUUUUGUGUCUUUUGCCUUCCUCUCUCCUUAUAGAGUAGAGUAACAUAUGCAAUUUUUCAGUAUUCUGGAACCUUACAGAACCUAGUGAUUCUUAAAAGGUCUCUACUAAUCUCUUCAGCUACUACUUUCAGAACUCUGGGGUGUAAGUGAGUUUGUUCCAGAUGACUAGUCUCCUUCAGAUCUUUCAGCUUCCAGAGCACCUUCACCUUAGUAAUAGCAGCCAUACUCACCUCUGUUCCCUGACAUUCUCGCAUAUCUGACAUAUUUGCAUAUCUGCCAUACUUUUACAAUAUUCCACAGUGAAGACUGAAGCAAAGCACUUAAUUAAGUUCCUCCACCAUUUCUUUGUCUCCCAUUGCUACUUAUCCAGCAUCAUCCAGUUCAGAAGCCCGGAAUCCACACUUGUCUCUCUUUUUCUCUUUAUGUAUGUGGAAAUACUUUUUGUAUCACUUUUUUUAAUAUUCACAAAAAUUGAGAAAAUCUACAGAUGCUGGUAAUCCAAGCAACACACAUAAUACUGGAGAAACUUAGCAGGCCAGGCAGCAUCUAAAGAAGAGUAAACAGUCGAUAUUUUGGCCCAACGUCCUUCAUCAGGACUGGGAAAAAAGAUGAGAAGCCAGGGCAAGAAGGGGGUGGGGGGAGGGAGGAAGAGGUUCGAGGUAGUAGGUGAUAGGUAAAACUGGGACAGAGGGAAAGGUGAAGUAAAGAGAUGAGAAAUUGAUAGCUGAAAGAGAUAUAAAGAGCUGGAGGAGGGGGUAUCUGAUAGAAGAGGGUAGAAAACCAUGGGAAAAAGAAGGGGGAGGAGCACCAGAGGGAAGUGAUGGGAAGUAGGAAGAUUAGGUGAGAGAGAAACAGAAUCUGGGAAGUGUGAAGCAUAAGUUUGAGAAAUUGAUGAUCAGUCCAUUAGGUUGGAGGCUACCUAGAAGGAAAAUAAGGUGUUGCCCUUCCAACCUAAGUGUGGCCUCAACUCCUCAGUAGAGGAGGGCAUGGACAGACACGUCAGAAUGGGAAGUAGAAUUGAAAUGUGCGGACACCGGGAUAUCCAGCUUUUUCUGGCGGUUGGAGCGUAGGUGCUGAACGAAGCGGUCUCCUAAUCUACUUUGGGUCUCAACGAUAUACAGGAGAGGACACCAGAUACAGUGGAUGACUCCCAACAGACUCGCAGGUGAAGUGUCUCCUCACCUAGAACAACUGUUUGGGGCCAUGAAUGGUGGUGAGGGAGGAAGUGUAGGAGCAGGUGUAGUCGUCGUUCUGCUUCAAGUAAAAUGUCGACUGUUUACUCUUCCAUAGAUGCAGCCUAGCCUCCUGAGUUUCUCCAGCAUGUGUGGUCCUUUUUAUAUGAAUAGCUAGCUUACUUUCAUAUUUCAUCUUUUCUCUCCUUAUGGCUUUUUAAGUUGCCUUCUGUUGGUUUUUAAAAGCUUCCCAAUCCUCUAACUUCCCACUAAUUUUUUCUAUAUUAUAUCCCUAUGUCCUCUCUUUUUUAUAUAUAUAUUUAUUACAUUUUUAAGAGAAUCGUAUACAAUGAAUAGAAUAAUAGAGUAAUGAAAAUUAUUAGCCUCCCUUAACCCUUCCCCCCCCCCCCUUAAAUCCCUGUCUAACAAAAAAAGAAAAAAGAAAGAAAGAAAGGAGGAUUACCUGGAUAUCGGAGGAUCCCCACAUGCUCCAUGGAGUUCAAAAUAACUUUAGUAUAUCUUUAUUUUUUCCCCAAGUAACUAAUAAUUUUAUCUUCAAAGUACCUAUAUAUUUAAUCCUAUCUUUUGUAGAUGGGGGUGCCAAAUUUUCAAAAAUAUAUCAUUCAUUUCUUAAAUUAUAAGUAAUUUUUUCAAGUGGAAUGCAGCUAAAUAUUUCUUUAUUCCAACAGUUCAUAGUUAAGUAUGAAUCUGAUUUCCAGGUAAAUGCAGUAGCCUUUUUGCAAUUUUUAUAAAUUUUUUCUGAUAUUUAUUCAAUUUAGAUUUCGGUAUUAUCCCUUCAAUAUCGCCUAAUAAAAAUAAUAUUGGGUUAUGUGGAAGUUGUAUUCCAAUAAUCUGUUCCAGUAAAAGUCUUAAAUUUAUCCAAAAAGGUUGAAUUUUAAAACAAGACCAAGUAGAGUGUAAAAAAGUACUGAUUUCUUGAUUGCAUCAGAAACGUUUGUCAGAUAAAUUUGGGUUUAAUCUAUUUACUUUUUGUGGUGUAAUAUAUAAUUGAUGUAAAAAAUUGUAUUGUACUAAUCUAAGUCAGACAUUUAUUGUAUUUGUCAUACUAUCAAGACAUAGUCUUGACCAAUUUUUUUCAUCAGUUUUAAUAUUCAAAUCAGUUUCCCAUUUUUGUCUUGACUUAUGAAUUCCUGGUUUAAUUGUCUGUUUUUGAAUCAAAUUAUACAUACAAGACAUAAAUUUUUUAAUUUUUCCUUUUUGAAUUAAAGUUUCUAUUUCAUUAAGCAUUAACAUUGUUUGACCCAGUUUAUCUCUUAUAGGCCUUUAAUUGAAAAUAACAGAAGAGUGUUAAUUGAUAUUUUAUAUUUAUUCUUUAAUUGAUCAAACGACAUCAAUAUACCUCCUUCAAAACAGUCACCUAUAUAUCUGAUCCCUUUUUGAAACCAGUUAUAUAAAAGUUGAUCAUCCAUUGUAAAAGGAAUAUGUCUAUUUUGAAUUAGGUUUCUCUUUUCUAAUAAAGAUUUCUUUAUCUCAUCA